GCCAGCCGCCAGUAGGGUGCAAGCGCCGAGCCGGGACAGCAGGUCUUCACCUAACGCUGCGUCGCUCUUGUUGCAGAUACGGCCAGGAGACCCCGGUGACGGCCGGCGUCCUUCCUCCGCUCGCAGCCCGUAGCGCCCAGCAGCUGCCGUGGAAAAUGACAUGGUCCUCGCAGCUCGGAAGGGACUCUCGUGAAUUCUGCUGACAUCGGAGAGCCUUCUUGUCGCGGCAUAUCUCUGCGGGCCUUCACGUAACGAGCCGUUUUGUUGUCGCUGUUGCUCCUCAGGCGAAAAGGCAGCCAUUUAUAUUUUUUUGUGUUUUGUUAAUCAUUUUCGGGCAAAAAUGAAACAACGGAAGCUGCCACUUUGAAUAGUUCCGGACUCAGAGCCAGUUCUUCCAGUAUUUUGUUGCUAGCGAGGGGAAGUGUCUUUUAUCCCCAGGCGUAGAGCGCAGAGACAGUUUAUUUCGGCUGCACUGCGUUGACGUAUCGCGGACUGUUAUCUGAGGAGGAUAGAGAAACUGGAUAGAGACAUUCCCGUGCGGGAUUUUGUUUGGUUCUUCCAAGUUCCUACCGCGCUCAGAAGCGGCAUGACUAAGUACAAGAUCCGGACUGGUGCGGCCCCUUUCGGCCGCUGCACCGACGACGACCCGGCCGCCGUGGGCAGCCAGGUGACUCUGACGUCUUUCCUAUCGGCGGACGGCGGCGACGAACCUCUACCCUCGCGGACUGCAACGCCCGACGCCGUGCGGCUCGCCGACCUGUCGCCGCCGCCGCUCACCUGCAGCACCUUUAACAACAACAACAACCUCGUAAACAACAAUAACAGCAUCAGCAACAACAACAACAACGUGCAGCUCAACAACCUCUACAACGGUCCUGCGUGGACGGGUGCGCUCAGCCUGAGCAACGGCGGCAGCGUGUCCGUGGCCAUCGCGGAUGAAACGCUCCCUCCGAAGCAGGGCGCCGCAGGGCCUCCGUCGCCGGCCGGCCCGGGCGGGGGCGGCGCUGCCCCCGGGGGUGGCAGCGGUGGCAGUGGGAGGCGGCGAGGCCGCGCCGUGCUGCGGUGGGCGGCGCAGCGCGCGCGCCGCGGCUGCACCCGCAAGCUGCUGCUGCGGCGGGUGCCCAUCCUGGCGUGGCUGCCGCAGUACACGCUGGCCAAGGGCGUGGCCGACCUGGUGGCCGGCUUCACCGUCGGCCUCACCGUCAUCCCGCAGGCCAUCGCCUACGCCAGCGUCGCCGGCCUGCCGCCGCAGUAUGGGCUGUAUUCUUCAUUCAUGGCAUGCUUUAUCUACACAAUCUUUGGUAGCUGCAAAGACAGCCCUGUUGGACCUACUGCAAUAGCUGCUAUCUUGACCAGGGAAAACCUGCAAGGCCUGGGACCACCAUUUGCAGUGCUCCUAUGUUUCCUCAGUGGCUGUGUUGAGUUACUCAUGGGUAUACUGCAAUUAGGUUUCCUUAUUGACUUCAUAUCUGGACCUGUGUCAGUUGGAUUCACAUCAGCUGCGGCCAUCAUAAUUGCUACAACACAAGUAAAGGAUGUACUUGGCCUGAAGUUCUCUGGAAGUGAGUUCCUUGAAGUGUGGCGCAAAUUAUUUGAGCAUAUAACAGAAACAAGAAAGUGGGAUGCUAUACUUGGAUUUGCUUGUAUGGCUGUCCUGUUGCUUCUUCGAAAAGUGAAAGACAUUCCUGUUGGUCCUGCUGAUCCAAAGGAAAAAACAAAAAUUCAGAAAAUUCUUGGUCAACUCCUUUGGUUUGUUUCAACUACAAGAAAUAUUAUUGUUGUUGUCGUAUGUGCUGUAAUGGCAUACAUGUUCAAAGAGCAUGGGGAGGAGCCAUUUAUUCUUACAGGAGAAAUCAAAGGUGGCCUCCCAGAAUUCACUUUUCCACCAUUUUCUGCUGAAGUGAACAACCAGACAUACACAUUUUUGAACAUGGUUUCUAACCUAAGUUCUGCUACAUUUGUUGUUCCAUUGCUGGCCAUUCUGGAAAACAUAGCUCUGGCUAAAGUAUUUUCUGAAGGUAAACCAGUAGAUGCUACACAAGAAAUGAUUGCUCUGGGCGUGUGCAACAUCAUGUCUUCAUUUGUGGGUUCUAUGCCUGUAUCUGGAGCAUUGUCUCGUGGAGCUGUAAAUCAUGCAAGUGGAGUCGCCACUACGUUUGGUGGCAUUUACACAGGAAUUAUUGUGAUACUCUCUCUUCAUUUAUUCACACCAUACUUUGCGUACAUCCCAAAAGCAUCUCUUGCGGCAGUUAUUAUUGCUGCUGUUGUGUUCAUGGUAGAAUUCCAUGUGGUGAAGCCUAUGUGGAGAACAAAAAAAAUAGACCUGAUCCCUGCAUGUGCAACAUUUUUGUCAUGCCUUUUCUACCGCUUGGAACUGGGCAUUGUAGUUGGCAUUGGAAUUAAUGUUGUUUUCCUAUUAUAUGCCUCUGCAAGGCCAUCAGUCAAGGUGGAAAAAUUUGUGAGUUCAUCAGGAUGUGAAUAUCUACUAAUUACUCCUGACAGAAGCUUAGUAUUCCCAUCUGUUGAAUAUGUACGAAAUGUGGUUUCAAAAGCAGGCAUUAAACAGGGAUCAAGCUCAAUUCCAGUUGUUAUUGACAGUCGACAUAUUCAAGCUGUUGACUUUACGGCAGCUAAGGGUAUCAAGUCUUUGAUUGAAGACUUCUACAAACGAAAUCAACCAAUACUCUUUUACAACCUAAAACCAAGUGUGGUAGAAAUUUUCCAGGGAGUGCAACCCAAAGAUCUUAAGCAUUGUAGCAAUGAAGCAGAGUUGAAUGAAAUGCUGAAAGCAUAUGCAAACCAAACACAAGGACACCAACAGCAGAUGACUCUCAGGAUUUGAAAUCGCAGUAUUCACCAUUUGUCAGAGUUGGGAUUUUGUGAUCAACCCAAUGUUUCUUCAGUGUCCUAGAACUAGAAAUAUUUGAAUUAAUUACAGAAACAUAAGGUUCAGUGAUGCUAAAGCUGGUGUGUUCUGUGAACUACACAUAAGCGUUAUUAUUGAAGAAUGAACUGUGGCUUCAGAUUGGCUUGAAUAUUCAUGCAACAAAACAGUAUUGAAUUCCUAUUUGUGUGUGUGUGUGUGUGUGUGUGUGUGAGCACCUAAGUGUGCGUGCAUGACCAUUUGUAGUAUUAUACAUACAAUUUAUACUACACAUCUCCUGCAUUCCUGUAAAUGGAGAUGUAAUAAUUGUAAAAAUAUUGUUGUACAAUCAAUGUGUAAUAUUAAUUUAUAAAAAGUCAAACAAAGAACAAUAUUGCACUAUUGUGUAUAUAGAUAAGCAUAUUUAUAAAUGUCUCUCAUCAACCAAAGAAACUUUUUUCCUUUUUUAUAGAGAGUUGGAGAAAAGAUAUAGAUUAAAUUCGAGAUUUUCAUUUUGUGUUGAUGCCAUUAUUAUACUUAACUUUCCAUUCCUAUAUUCCUUUUGUCUCCUGUCCCAUUUUCACACCAACUGAAGCUCAGAUGCUUCAAAGUAUCAGAUAUAACUGUUUGUUAUAAUCACUCUGUUUUGC